UCUCCCAGCCUGCUUUUUUCUCCAUUCAUCCAAGCAUCUAAACUUCUUCCCUCUCUUUUUAUCUCAGCAGGUUUUAUUUUUAUUUUUAUUUUACAGUGUGGUCUUCAGGACUCGUUUAAAGUACCACUUCAUGUCGAGCGCCAGGAACAGGAGUCAUUCAACUCUCGCCUUGCCAGCGGGACGCGUGCAUUGCGUUCGUGUGCGACGGAUGAUGAGCCGUAAGCAUCACUUGCAGCGUCGAGAGAUCUGCUUCUCGGCUGUACAAGAUUCCGCUUUAGCAACUGACGAGAGUAUGUGCCACCAACCACGGUGCAUGGACUCUGAGUGGAACACCAACAUGGCGUCGCACUAUUCCGCUGCAGGAAACAUUCCCAACCAUCGCCGAUGCAACCUCGCUAUUGGGCGCCGACUGGUCCCUUAUCGGGCCUUGGAACACCACAGGGACGAUGUCUGCUCAAUGAUGCCUAUGGACAGCGCAUCGCCUUUUUCUAUCGGCUGCAACACAAACCAGCGCGAGGAGGUCGCAGGUACACUCUUGUUGCCGCUCCCACCAGCAAUUCAACGAAUCCAUAUGGCCGGCUCGCCAUUCUCGCCCCUCGCCCCCAGCAAUGCGUAUGACUUUACAGAGAGCUCGUUUAAUCAGCGACAGGUGCGCCCAGGUAACUUGCUUGGAGGCGCAAGAGCCCACAGCAGUGGUGGGGGCGGCUCAGGCGGCGGAGGAGGAAGUGAUGGCUCCGCAACGGCUCCCGCAGACAUGAACCCAGGGGGAGGCGACGCAACUGAUGGAGACCAGCCGUCCGAGUACACAUUCAGACGACGAAAUGCGAUCGUAGAGGGCUCUGAAGAUGCGCCUAAGUCGGACGACUUUCCGAGCGAAUCUCCCAAAUGAUCCCGGUUUCUCUUGAUGUCUUUCUCCAUUUCUUUUCUUUUCCUUGUUGUUCGCUUUUUAUUUUUUUUAGUACCUUUGGUUAUUUGCUGCUGCUGCUGCUGCUGCUGCUUUUUCUCCGUUCUAAUUUUGAUGCACCACCCCUCCGUUGAU